CUAUUCUGUGAAUUAAGAAAAAAAAAGUCAGAAAUAAUUGUUUAUGGAACUUGGGUGUCCGAUUUCGAGUUUUGUAAUUUUAAUUUAUUUAUUUUACUAAUAAAAUUCAUUAAGUUUAUUACAUAAAACUAUUGAAAACACGCAAUAUGCAGAAUCCCAAUGAAGAUACUGAGUGGAACGAUGUGCUGCGGGCGAAGGGGAUCAUCCCGCAGAAGGAGAAGGAGAUCUCCGAGGCCGACAUCGUGAACAUGAUCGAACAGACCAUACAACAGAAGCAGGACGAAAAGGACAAACAGCUAUCAGAAUUAGACCUAGAUGGCCUGGAUGAACUGGAGGACUCCGAGGACGAGGCGGUGCUAGAAGCGUACCGACAGAAAAGGAUAGCGGAACUCAAGCGCCUAUCAGAAAAACCUAAAUUUGGAGAUGUAAAAGAAGUGUCUGGGCAGGACUAUGUGCAAGAAGUGAACAAGGCUGGUGAUAACAUCUGGGUUGUUAUUCACUUAUACAAACAAGGCAUCCAGCAGUGUGCCCUCCUGAACCAGCACUUCCGACAGCUCGCUGCCAAGUUCCCAUACACUAAGUUCCUGAAGGCGGUAGCACAGACCUGCAUCCCUAACUUCCCUGAGAGGAACCUGCCGAGUGUGUUUGUCUACUUCGAGGGGGACAUGAAGAAGCAGUUUGUAGGCCCGCACGAGUUGAGAGGCACAGCACUCACUGUUGAAGAACUGGAGUUCAUCCUUGGUCAAGCAGGAGCUGUGGAUACCAAGAUCACUGAAGACCCUAGACCGAAAAUCAAGGACAAAAUGUUUCAGGACUUGGGAAACAAUGAUUGGUGAUGAAUGGAGAGUAAUUUGUGGAUUAAUUUUGUAAUCUGGGACUAUAAGCUUCAGGCGUGCGGGUGACGAGUGUGUGGUGCUCUAAUGCAUUAUAUUUAUUUUCCGUACUUAUAUUUACCAAAGUAUUGUUAAGUAUUUCUCAAUCAUUGUAAAUUAAGAUUUCUUGAUAUUUUCUUUAAUUUUGAAAUGAGAUUUUUAUACAAGUUUACAAUAAUAAAAAAAAUUUUAAACAUA